AUGUCUCCGUCCUGUUGUAAUGGCAAACAGGGCCGCCUCUCUGAGACAAGCGUGGCAACCGCGUUGGCGCCCGUCGAAGAGUGUUCUUCAGUAUCCAAGCCGGGAGAUGGAGAGACUUGCUGCGAUGGGGAUCAAGUCGAGCCCGCAGUCGAAGCUGAAGCUCAGAAACCCGUGAAGAAUGAAAAGACGGCCAGUCCUUGCACUGAGUGCAACAACGCUCCGAGCCCGGGACAGCCUUGCUGUGACGUAUACUCAAAGAAUCCUGUGUGGUUCGCAUCGCUGUUCGCGAGUGCGAGAACUCGUGUGGCUCUGACAACGACUGUGCUACCAUUUCGAGUGGGUGCAAGGAUUCUCGGUGACGAUUGCUGUACGAAAACUCCCAAAUCUGCGAAAUCCGAGAAACGACCAUGCCAGCGUCACUUGCAGUCAGCCAUGAGCCGCUUCCAACCGACUCUUGAGGCACUUGGAUGCAUUUGCCGUGCGCUUUUUGCCUUGAACCUCGAAUCAUGCUGUGCGAAAGGACAAAAUGCUCAAUGCGGGACCCGUCGAUCUGGUGCCAGGACCUACAGCUCUCUUUCAUUUCCAAUGUCAUUGAGAAGCGCAAAGGGCGAUAGCUGCUGCUCUGUAUCCCCUCUUGAUCCUUGCAAGAAGCCAGCUGAGCCAGGGUCAUCGGCAACCUCGUGUGCCAAGAUAUGCUGCAACGAGAGGGCGAAGCCGGCGUUAAUUGGGGCAACAUCGGGUGAUUGCUGCUCUGGCGGUUCAUGCUCGAAGGAGAAAGAGAUUUUGGGGAUAACAGCUUCCGAGGUCAACCUCGACCUGGAAAAGGGAGCCUUGGGUGCUGAGCAUGUUGUUCUUAGUAUUCAAGGAAUGACCUGCACUGGUUGCGAGACGAAGCUCGAACGAACUCUCGCCAAUAUACGUGGUGUCUCGAAAAUUAAAACCAGCCUAGUUUUGUCGCGUGCUGAAUUUGAUCUCAAUACGACUCAAACCUCCAUCGACGGAGCGGUGGCACGACUCCAGAGAGCAACAGGCUUCGAAUGCCAGAAGCUUUCCAAGGAUGGCCACGAACUGGAGGUUCUCUCGCCUGGCGUUCAGGAGAUCUUACUUCAACAACUGCCACCAGGUGUAUUGAGCAUCGAUCCUACUACUAAUGCGACUUUCAAGAUCACUUACGAACCUCAAAUCAUUGGAGCUCGAGACAUUGUUAAAUCAGCUUUUGAUCAGCAGCUAAAGCUAGCGCCUCAUCGUCUAGAUCCAUCGAUCUCGGCAGGCAAUAAGCAUGUGUGGCAAGGGGGGUUGGCAACUCUCAUAUCCGCAUGCCUCACCGUGCCUGUCUUGGUUCUAGCUUGGGCCCCCCUCCCAGAACGAGAGAUCGCCUAUGGCUCUACAUCACUAGCAUUGGCAACUAUUAUACAGAUAUUCAUUGCAGGCCCUUUCUACCCUGCCGCCUUGAAGAGUUUGAUAUUUGCACGGGUCAUUGAGAUGGAUCUUCUCAUCGUCUUGAGUACUAGCGUCGCCUAUAUUUUCUCAGUCGUCGCUUUCGCCAUGCUAAUUACAGGCAAGCCGCUGUCAACAGGCGAAUUCUUUGAAACGAGCACUUUACUGGUCACCCUGAUCAUGUUAGGCAGAUUCAUCACCGCCCUGGCACGACAGAAGGCCAUAGAGUCCAUUGCUAUCCGCUCAUUGCAGCAAUCUACAGCCAUGCUAGUCGAGAGCGAUGGCACAAGUACCCGGGACAUUGAUGUACGACUUCUUCAGUAUGGUGACAUCUUCCGCGUUAUGCCUGAAGCAAAAGUUGUAACUGAUGGCACCGUCAUCUCGGGAAGCUCAGAAAUCAACGAGUCAAUGAUUACAGGAGAGUCGAGCCCGGUGGCGAAGAGUAAGGGCUCGCCUGUUGUUGCUGGCUCCGUCAACGGUUCAGGUACCUUGGAUAUUCGAUUGACUCGGCUUUGCGCCGACAAUACUAUCAGUACUAUUGCCAAUAUGGUUGACGAGGCAAAACUAUCCAAGCCGAAGACACAAGCGUUGGCCGACCGUAUUACUGGAUAUUUCGUACCAGUUGUUGCAGCCAUCGCCAUCGUCACGUUUGUCAUCUGGAUUGCUGUCGGUAUCGCCAUCCAAAAAAGAAGCAGCUCAGAUGCCACUGUCCAGGCGGUGACUUAUUCUAUUGCCGUUUUGAUCAUCUCAUGCCCAUGCGCAAUUGGUUUGGCUGUGCCUAUGGUUAUAGUAAUUGCUGGAGGCGUUGCUGCAGAAAAGGGAGUCAUCUUCAAGACAGCAGAUACCAUCGAGGCCGCUAAGAAUGUUACCCAUGUUGUUUUCGACAAGACGGGCACGCUAACUACUGGACGUUUGAAUGUGGAAGAAAGCAAUUAUAUUGACGGUCUAACGACAGAUGUUAAGCCAAUCUUGCUUGGGUUGGUAUAUGGAAUCAAGCAUCCCGUAUCUCAGGCGAUCACUGAGCACUUACAAUCCCUUGACGUGUCCCCGGCUACCGUUCUCGAUAUCAAGUCUCUCCCAGGGAAGGGCGUUCUCGGUAACUGGAAUGGCACCGAGAUUCGCGCCGGGAAUGCAUCGUGGACUCAAGCUACUCCCUCAUCGAAGGUACAGCAGUUUCUCACUUUUGGUUCAACAGUCCUUUGCUUCACGGUCAACGACACUCUUCGAGCUAUCUAUGCGCUUCAAGACACUCUUCGCCCUGAAGCCGCGUACGUCGUCUCAACUCUUCAAGCUAAAGGAAUUUCCGUUAGCAUUGUCAGCGGUGAUGAAACAGGCGCUGUUCAGAAAACUGCUGAAAACCUGGGGAUCCCGUCGUUGAAUGCUCUGUCCCGUUGUUCACCAGCAGACAAGCAGGCUUACAUCCAGACACUAAAGACCUCCUCUGCAAACUCCACCGUCUUCUUCCUCGGCGACGGCACCAACGACGCAAUUGCUCUCGCUUCCGCUGACAUUGGUAUUCACAUGAGGGAAGGCACAGAUGUCGCUCGCAGUGCCGCAGACGUUGUCUUGAUGCGUGCAGACCUUCGCGGCGUGCUUGUGCUCAUGGAGCUAUCUCGCAAGGCACUGCGCCGCAUUGUGUUCAACUUCGCCUGGUCAUUCGUUUACAACCUGUUCGCCAUCUUGCUGGCCGCUGGGGCAUUCGUCAACUUCCGCGUCCCGCCCGCCUUUGCAGGAGUGGGUGAGAUCGUGAGUGUCCUGCCGGUUAUCGCUGUUGCGGUCGGUUUGCGAUGGGCCAAAUUUUCUGCUUAG